GGGUGGCGCAGCUAAGGUGAAAACCAGGCGAAGGACGAUGUUUGCGCCCGGCGCGGGCAUCUCUCUGCCGCCGGGGCGUCUGGUGCUGAUGCUGCUCCUGCUGUCCGCCUCCCACACGAGACCGUCCCAGGCCUGCCCCGGCCUCCUGGCCUCCACCAGCGGCUGCAGCUGCUCGGAGGAGCGCGCCAAGGCGCACGGCGUUCAGUUGGUGGGGAAAAGGAUCAGCUGCAGCAAAGAAGAGCUGCUUGAACUUCCGGAUGCCAGCUUGUUCCCCAACAGAACCGUCACUCUGAUACUGAGCCAUAACAAAAUCCGUGUUCUUAAAAAUGCAUCCUUCCUUGGACUCAACUCUCUGGAGAAGCUGGAUCUUAAGCACAACCUCAUCAGCACCAUCAUGCCCGGAGCUUUCCAAGGCCUGCCUGAGCUUCGGAAACUCGACCUCUCCAACAACCGCAUCGGCUGUCUGACGGCAGACAUGUUCCAGGGGCUCACCAAUCUCACCAAGCUGAACCUCUCUGGUAACAUCAUAUCCACCCUGGAACCAGGAGUUUUUGAGGAGCUGCCGUCUCUCAAACUAGUGAACUUCAACUCAGACGUUCUGUCCUGUGACUGUGGGCUGCGCUGGGUGUCGAGCUUCUUUCGCAGCAGUUCAGCACGUUUGGGAGAUGAAACCUUGUGUGCCUAUCCCAGGAGCCUGAGGGGGAAGCCCCUGCGCGCCCUGAGGGAGAGCCAGCUAAGCUGUGACGGUCCAGUGGAGCUGCACACCCUGUCCCUGCUGCCGUCCCAGCGUCAGGUGGUCUUCAGCGGUGACCGACUGCCUUUCCACUGCACUGCUUCUUUAGUGGACAAGACCACCAGCUUACACUGGCGACACAAUGGGCAAAUGGUGACCUCUGACCCUGGAGCUGGAGUUCAACUGGAGAACAGUGUGGUGCAUGACUGCACCUUCAUCACCAGUGAACUCAUCUUAUUCAACGUCCAUGUGGAGGCCAGCGGUGAGUGGGAGUGUGUGGUCACCACUGGGCGGGGCAACAUCUCUCGCUCCGUGGAAAUAGUAGUUCUGGAGAACAGCGCUACCUUCUGUCCAGAAGAUAAAGUCAUCAACAACCGAGGAGAGUUCAGGUGGCCUAGAACUCUGGCAGGCAUCACCUCUCAUCAGUACUGCCUACAGCUGCGUUACCCCUCCCUGACUAUGGAAGGGGAAACGGAGCAGAAAAAGGCCUCUCGACACUGUGACCGCUCUGGAAAGUGGCAGGAAGGUGACUACUCAGACUGUCACUACACCAACGGAAUCACUCGUGUCCUGCAUACCUUCAUUCUGAGACCCAUCAAUGCGUCCAAUGCUGUCACAGUGGCCGACAAGGUGCGAUCAUACACCCUGGAGACCACAGGUUUCACUGACUCUGUAGAUGUGCUGUAUGUGGCGCAGAUCAUGGAAAAGUUGAUGGAAUAUGUCCGGCAACUGCGAGAGUUGUCGGAGAUGAUGGUUGAGAUGGGCAGUAACCUGAUGGAGGUGGAUGACCAGAUCCUUGCUGUUGCACAGAGAGAAAAGAGAGCGUGUAGCUCCAUCGUCUACUCUCUGGAGACGCUGGCCUGGCCUCAGCUGCAUAGUCACGCCCAAGACUUCUCCAUGGCGUCUAAGAACAUUGUGAUGGAGGCCCACCUAAUUCGAACAGCUCACUUCACCGGUAUGACCUGCACCGCAUAUCAUCGUCGUGAGGUUUCGGUGGAUCGGCCGGGAGUGGAGAUGUUAGAAUCUGUCAAUGAACAACAACUUUAUUUCCGCUGCAGCACCGGCUCCCAUAACACCUCCCUCAACAACUUUUCCCUGAAGAACUCUGUUGCUCUGGCCUCAGUCACUCUUCCAGCGACUCUGUUUCCUCCUGACGCUGCUGCCGACUGUAAGCUGCAGUUUGUAGCUUUCCGAACGGGAAGCUUUUUUCCUCUGUUGCCAAACUCGAGCAACUCAUUUGAGCACUCCCACAAACGAAGCGUCAACACUCCUGUCAUCUUUGCAGGCCUCGAUGGGUGUAGUAUGUGGAACUACUCUGAGCCCAUCUGGGUGUCCCUGCGUCACCUGUCCCCUGGUACGGACGCCUUGGCAGCCCAGUGGAGCCUGAGGGGCCCGGAGAAGCAUGGAGCCUGGAGUCAGGAGGGCUGUCAGCUUGUCCACAGUGACAGCAGCACCUCCACAAUGCGCUGCUCUGUCCUCAGCAACUACGCCGUUCUGCAGGAAGUGCCAGAUUUCCUCAACUCGGGCUCGAUCCCUGUGAGAGUGCUCCAUCCUGUGGUCUACGCCUGCACUGCAGCACUCCUGCUCUGCCUCUUCACCAUCAUCAUCACUCACAUCCUACAUCACAGUUCGAUUCACAUAUCAAGAAAAUGUUGGCACACCUUGUUGAAUACCUGCUUCCACAUCGCCAUGACAACAGCAAUUUAUGCAGGAGGCAUAAGCUUGGCCAGCUACCCUCUAGUCUGCCAAGCAGUGGGCAUUGCUCUGCACUACUCCUCGCUGUCGGCACUUCUGUGGAUCGGAGUCAGUGCCAGGGUCAUCUACAAAGAGGCUGUGUGGAGAAUGCCUCGACAGACAGAGGGAGAGUCUCCUGUUCCACCCACUCAGCGACCUAUGCUCAGGUUUUAUUUAAUAGCUGAUGGAGUUCCUCUUAUCAUUUGUGGAAUCACUGCAGCUGUCAAUGUGACCAACUAUGGAGACAACGGUCCUUACUGCUGGCUGGUCUGGUGCUCCAGUCCUGGGUCUUUCUUUGUCCCUGCUGGUUUAGUGGUGCUGGUGACCUGGAUUUAUUUCCUGUGCACUGUGUUUCGCCUGAGGCAUCGCGUGACCAAAGAAUGCACAGGAACCAGCUUGUCCUCUCCUGGGACUGAGGCCCGUCCUGCAUUGGCAGGAAGCACCAGCCUGCUCUCCACUGACUCAGUCGGGGGACCUGUAACCCCAGUUGCGCCUCCAGAGGAUCAGUAUUCUCUGAAGACACAAUUCUCUGUUCUGGUAGCCACCCACUUCCUGUUUGUGGCUCUGUGGUGUUGUGGGGCCGUGGCAGUGUGGCUAACAGGCCACACUAGCUUGUUGUUCAGCUGUCUCUAUGGUGUAGUUGCCACAGUUGUAGGGGUGUUUCUAGUGGUGCACCACUGUUUCCGUCGUCUUGAUGUGCAGGCGUCAUGGCUGGCUUGUUGCCCAGGCUAUCGCCGCUCCCAUCCAGUGUCUACCUACGCACACACCUGCACUACGGGAAGUGGAGUGCACACCUCUGAACAGGGAUCUCAGCUCUACAUUAGCUGCCACCCCCCCAUUGACUCGCACAACUCCUCAUCGGCCAGGUCAUCAUCCACACCGAGUGGGAUCAGCAGUGUUGGACCUGGGCCUUGCAAACUCACCAACUUGUUGCAGGUGGCACAGGACAAUCCAAGCAACACCUCACGUGCCCCUACAGGCAACAACACAAGCACCAGCACUGACAACAUCACCAAACCUACAAAUAAUAUUCCGCCUAUUAUUAACUCUUCAGCCCCAGUGCAUCCCCAGAGAAGAAAAAUAAGUAGCAGAACUAAACAAGGGAACGGUCAGUAUUAUCAUCGGGGUGAGGGCAGAGGCCACUAUCGUCUCAAAGCUUUGAGGACUGCUGGAGGCGGCGGCAGUCUUGGAGCUUUAGGGCCCACAGGCUCAGAGAACCUCUAUUCAUCAAAUGCUGUUUUCAAGCAAGCCACGAGUGAGAAUGACAGCAUCCACCAUAGCCUCUCAGAGAACCAUGCCAGUCUGUUGACAAAUGGGAAGCGCGUGGGGGAGUCCGCAGCCACCAGCCCCUCUGAGGGGAGUGAUGGGGGCAGCAGCGGGAGCCGCAAACCCUUCCCUCUGCCUCCUUCUGCUGCAAGCAGAGUGGCCAUGCACUGUGCUCAGAGACGAUGCUCCAGCAGAGACAACUUGAAAAUGGCAGCAUCUGCAGAGCAAGAGACAAAGCGCUGCUCCUAUCCUUUGAACAGUGUCACCACCACUGUGCCAGGGGCCGCUGCCCCAAACGGCACCCUGAAAACCUCUGUGCUCGAGCUGGACCAGGACAUGAGCAGCACAGACCAAUCCCAAAGCUCUGUUGGAAUGAAGACUGGUUUGUGGAAAAGUGAAACCACAGUGUAAGCUACAGAUGAAUAUCUAUGCAUGACCUUAAUGAAAUAAAAGGACUGGUUUGUGUUUUAAUGGUCUCUUAAUAAUUGUGUAAUUUAAGAUAUAAUGUCAUGAAGGCAUCCAGGACCCUAAACUGGUACACUUGCCUCUGUUGUGCUGUAAGUUUGCUGUGAAGUAAUUUUGCCAUUUUCAAUCAGAUAUGCAUUUAUUUUAAUCACUUUACAAAGUAAUGUACCAAACAUUUUUGAGGUUGGCAUAUAAUGAUGCAUUUGGGUGUCUAAUGAAAGCUUUAUUGUUUUAGCUGUAAUUUGUCUAUGCGUAUCAACUAUAGCAUGAAAUGGAACGUAAGAUCCAUUUGCAAAAUACAGCUUUACGUAUUUAACCUGAGG